AUAAAAUGCUAUGUGUGAUUGUAUCUAUUCUCAUACCCGACUGAGUUAGCUGUUAGUUCGUGUACAGUUCAGAGUGCGCUCAGCUUCGUGUGGUAUAAUGGUGUGAGUGAAGUGACAGUGAGAGAAAAACUACAAGAUGCUGCCCACAAACGUUAUGUCUUUUAUGAAGAAGAUGGUUGCGACGGAGGACACAAACACAGUUGGUCAGAUUGAGACGUCCGGUACAUUCGGCAAACUGAGGCAGACGCUGUCGUCAUCACUACUCACAGCACAAGACAAAGUAACCAAGCUAGGCCCGAGGCCGGUGGUAGUAGAAGCAGAGCCGCCUCCGGCUGCCCCGCCUGCGCAGCCUCCCCCUCCACAACAAACCAAAACAGAACGAGAGGCGGGCAAAUCGCCAUCACGCGCAGGCGCUUGCCGCGUGUGCCUAAAGGCGCUGAAACCGGGCGAGGUUUUCCACACGUGCAAUGGCUGCCAGCACCGAGUCUGCGAGGAUUGUUCCUCCUACUCCAAGCCAGCCAGCGAUGACGAGGCGAGUUCAUGGCGAUGCUCGGUGUGCCGGCGUAAGGCUGGACCGCGCGUGCCCCCCGCUGCGCAGGACAGCACGGAUUCUUUGCUGGAUGUGCCGGUGCUGGAAGCGCUCGUCAUCGUGUGGACGGUGCCGGGCGGGCCUGCAGACCUAGCCGGCCUGCAACAGGGGGAUAAGGUACUGGAAUGGUGCGGCGUGCCACUGACGGAGCGAAGCUUCGAGGAAGUGUGCGCGGUGUUAGAGCGCGGCGGCGACACCGUGGAGCUACUGGUGGAGCCCGCGCCGCAGUUGGACGACCCACCCGCGCCCGCCGCGCACCACGCCCCCCAUCACCACCACGCGCUAUACGAACCCGAAACAGACAAAACACCAUCUUCGCCAACCCGACGGAAAUUGCCGAAAACCCCGGAGCAGGAGCGCAAUGAGAGGGCGCGGGAGAGGGAGCGUGAGCGGCCAGCGGCGCGUGCGCAGCUGCAGGUCUGGUUCGAGGCGGAACUGCGAAAGUUAGUGGUGGUCCUAAUCGCCGCUGACGAUUUGCCGCCACGCGACCACACGCUCGGCUACGGGGACGAACCGGAGGCCUUCGCGAGGAUACGUCUUUUGCCAUCAUUGGAGAGCUGUCCGCCGGUGGAAACGGACCCGGCGUCGGCAUCGUGCAGUCCCGUAUGGAACGCGACGCUGGGCUUCGGCGGUCUCAGCGCAGACCUGUUGGCCGGGCGUGCGCUAGAGCUCACCCUGUGGGACGCCUGCCCCGGCAUCGACCCUGUCCUCGUCGGAGAAUGCACCAUGGAACUAGAGAAAGCGUUUGCGGAGGAGCGUGCGGUUUGGUGGACACUGGAGGAGCGCGGCACACGGUCUGCCAGCGCCUCGCCACGCGGCUCCCUCGCCGGCGCGCGAGCUCUGCGCCGUGGGGACUUCGCCUCGCAGCGAUCCAUAUCAGAUGACGUCGAUUCAAUCGGGGAGUGCGCGUCCCUGCUACACCCAGACCACGCUUGGGUGGCGGGCUCGCGGCGCGGCUCCUCGCAGUCGGAGACACUUGAGGUGGAGGUGUACCAACUCGGCAAAGACUUCUCGCGGUCGUUGCCGGGCUCCAGGCGCUCCUCCUUCCAGCAACAGGAUAAAGAGGGCGCAGUGGCACCGAGCGGAUCGCGACGCAGCGAGCGGCGGCGCUCGUCGUGCGUGCGACGCGACCCCGAUGACAUCCUGCGGUCGCUGCGCGCGGUGAAGGGCGAGCUCGGCCGCACGCUCUCGCUCUCGGGCUCCACCGCCAGGCGUAAGUCUCGCAUUCAUCUCCACUCACCUCCCGCACUCGCUCUCCCCGUUUUCCCACGAACACAACAAAGUUUACAAUGGGAGCAUCUUACUCGAUACAUAAAUGAGGGUACUGACUUGUACAUGUUGUGCUUGUUUGGUCAGCAGCGACGGACCGUUAGCACCUCGGUAAGCUCGCCCCCGCCCGGCCGCGCGCACUGCCCCCGGCAGGCCGCGCGGUCUCGGUACACGAUCCCUUGUGACGUCCGACGGCCGACAGCCCCCGCCGCCGCCCUGUCGCCCCGCACGCACCCGGCGCGACCGCCCUCGUCUCCCAGUUGGGUUUGGGUGCGGGGUGCGGGGUGCGGGGUGGCGGCGUGUGCAGUACGGCUGGUGUUGGCGACAGGCACGGCGACGGGGCGCAAGGGCAGCAUGUGGGCGGCAGUGCCGGCGGCAGCGGAGGCGGCGGCGGCAGAGCUCGGAGACGACGAGGAGGGUGUGCCGCUGGGGCCGGGCCAGUUGCCGCCGCGCGGUUCGCACCUGCCGCCACUCCACGCAGAGAUCAACAUCAGCAUUAUCAUGAUCAAAGGCCAACUCGAACUAGAGGUCUCCCACGCCCGUCGAGUGUACGGCGUAAACGGCGAGGUACCAGACUCGUACGUCAAGUGCUACCUGCGCGACGGCGACAAGUGGCUGCACAAACGCAAGACGCGCGUCAUCCGCCGCACCACCGAGCCGCACUUCAAACAGACGCUCAAGUAUCAGGCAAGCGACGCACUCGGACGUACGCUGGUAGUGAUGCUGUGGCAGCGCUGUGGCGGCUUCGAACACAACCUGGCACUGGGUGGCGCCGAGAUCUGUCUCGACAAGCUGAGCCUGCCGCAGCGCACCUACGGCUGGUACCCGCUCUUCCCCGCCACCUCGCUCGCCGCCGACGAGUCGCCUGACUGAUCUCGCGAGCCGUCGCCGGAGCGACGACACCUGGCCGACUAGCCGACUAGCUGACGAAUUAACUAGCCGACUAGCGGACAGGCUGACGAACUAACUAGCUGACUAGCUAAGUAGUGCGCUCCCGACGGCCAACUCCUCGACCGCGUCUUAACAUCGCUUCGUGUCGCAAACCAUGCUGCCCAAUGUACGGAAAUCCCCAAACGCUUGACGUGAGAACAAUUCUUAAUGGACAAUUAUAUAUUAAUAUAAUUAUAUACGACGUAUAUUAGUUUACAUUAAUGUUUGUUAAAAUCGUGUAUUAUAAAGGAC